UAUGGACUGGUGCAAUGCACUCCUGACAUUGUUUCAUUCGACUGCAGGAUGUGUUUGGCUAAUUGUGUUAGUGAGAUUCCUAGUUGUUGUAAUGGGAAGAAAGGAGGUCGAGUUUAUAAGCCGAGCUGCAACAUCAGGUUUGAAGUUUAUCCCUUUUACGCUGAGGCCUCUCAACCACCGCCUUCUCCUCCUACAAAUGCGACUCCUCCAUCGUCACCUUCACCUCCACCACCACCAGCAACGUUGACAAAUUCCGGAGGAAAUAGGAAGAUCUCCCCAGAGACAAUUAUCACAAGUACAGUUCCUGCAGCCCUUGUUUUCAUAAUAAUUUUAUCCGCUUCAUGCUACUGCCUCCUUAGAAGAAAAGAGUACCAAGUAGCAAAAGAGGGAAAUGGUGGAAAUGAAAUUUUUGUGGUGGAAUCUUUACAAUUAGACUUGCAUUCCAUUAUAGCUGCCACAUGCAAUUUCUCUGAAGGAAACAAGAUUGGUGAGGGUGGAUUUGGCAGUGUAUACAAGGGUACAUUGCAUAAUGGACAGAUGGUAGCUAUAAAGAGGCUAUCAGAAAGCUCAGGUCAAGGUUUAGAAGAAUUCAGGAAUGAGGUUGCCUUGGUAGCCAAGCUUCAGCACAGAAAUUUGGUGAGUUUACUGGGAUUUUGUGCUGAAGAAGAGGAGAAAAUACUUGUCUAUGAGUUUGUGCCCAACAAGAGCCUUGAUUACUUCCUUCUUGAUCCUGGAAAACAACGGCAAUUGGAUUGGUUAAUGCGAUGUAAGAUUAUAGGAGGAAUUGCUCGAGGUCUCCUAUCUCUUCAUGAGGAUUCCAAGCUCAGGAUUAUUCAUUGUGACCUCAAAGCCAGCAAUGUUCUCUUGGACGAGGACAUGAACCCAAAGAUAGCAGAUUUUGGCAUGGCAAGGAUUUGUGGGGUGGAUCAAAGUCAAGGGAAUACAAGCAAAAUUGUUGGCACAUACAGUUAUAUGCCUCCAGAAUAUGCAUUGCAUGGAGAUUUUUCAAUCAAGUCCGAUGUAUACAGCUAUGGAGUUCUAAUACUAGAGAUCAUAAGCGGCAGAAAGAAUAGUUCUUUCUAUCAAUCAGAUUAUGCAGAGGACCUCUUGAGCUAUGCCUGGAGACUUUGGAGGGAUGGAACUCCAUUGGAGCUAACAGAUCAAACUCUAGGCAUAUCUUUUCAUCGAAAUGAACUCACCCGAUACAUCCAUAUCGCAUUAUUGUGCAUUCAGGAAGAUCCAGCAGACAGACCUACAAUGGCAGCUGUACUACUCAUGCUUAGCAGUUUCUCUGUAACGCUGCCAUUACCGAAACGCCUGGCAUUCUGCAGUCGUAGCAAGACAGGGCAGAGUAGGUUAGCAGUUUCUCUGUAAUGCUGCCAUUACCGACCUGCAAUCAAGAUUGUCCGCUUUCGAUACAGUUUGUUGUGAUUUUACUUUUGAGCAACUCAAGCAAGGUGAGAUUUGCCUAGACUUAUGUUCAGUUAUGUAGGUUAACAAAUCUUGUGCUUGCUCUUCGUUAUGAAAGGAACUAUUCUUUUGACCACUGAUGAUUUACAGGACCA